CCCAAACUUAACUACCAAAGGAGAGAGAUGAUUGCCUGCCGUAAUGCUGUUUUUCUUUACCCCUGGGCCUGAGAAACCUUUUAAAUCUCUUCAAAAAUGUUGGCGCAGACGAGGACCGUAGGCUAAACAACAUUCCUGGACGUGCAAUUCUCUCCCCUCCAGGUAAUGAUCAGCUCAACGUAUGUGUCCUCUCAGGGCCAUACUUCAGCCCAUGGCCUCGACAGUACUUCAUUGAAAACAUAUCUAAGGGAAGACUGGGACACAAAGGGGGAUGUCAUGAAAAAGGUUGUGAUCAACGUUGGUGGCAUGCAUCAUGAAACUUACAUGAGCACUCUCAAGAGCUUGCCCGGUACCCGUUUGGCUAAACUGAUGGAUCAUGACCCAAGUGGUGACCUUGAAUUCUUCUUCGACAGACAUCCAGGUGUUUUCUCCAAUGUUCUGAAUUAUUACAGAACCGGUAAGCUUCACUGUCCAAAAGAUGUCUGCGGUCCCCUUUUUGAAGAGGAGUUGGCUUUUUGGGAGGUCGACAAGGCGGACGUGGAACCUUGUUGCUGGAUAACAUUCUGCCAACAUAGGGAUGCCGAAGUGGCCCUUGCAGCGUUCGGGCCAUCUGACUCAAAAGAGCACCACAAUGAAGAGUUUCCAGAGUCAUUCGAUGUUGAGGACAACCCAGCUAAUUCUCAGAGCUGCUUCAAAAGGUGGAGAGCAAAAAUCUGGGCUUUAUUUGACGACCCGUUCUCGUCUACGGCUGCCAAGGUCAUUGCAUUUGUUUCCCUCUUCUUCAUCCUCCUUUCCAUCACAGUUUUCUGUCUGGAGACACAUGAGAGCUUCCACACGUUAGAGCAACGCACAGAGCUGGUCAAUAAUGGGAACCACACAGAAGAGGUGACAUACUAUGAGACAGUGACCGAACCUACUCUGACUGUGGUGGAGGGCGUCUGUGUGGUGUGGUUCAUAUUUGAGUUCCUGGUCCGUUUCACCUGCUGCUCCAACAUACUGGUGUUUGUGAAGAACAUACUAAACAUCAUUGACUUUGUGGCCAUCCUGCCCUUCUUCCUGGAUGUGGGGCUGAGUGGGAAUGCCCUGGGCUUCCUGCGUGUGCUGAACUUUGUGAGGAUCCUGAGGAUCUUUAAGCUGAUGCGCCACAUGGUGGGAGUGCGUGUGUUAGUCUACACACUAAAGGCCAGCGUUCAAGAGUUCUGCCUCCUUGCUGUCUUCUUUGGAAUUGGAAUGCUAAUUUUCAGCACCCUGGAAUUCUACGCAGAGCGAGUACAUGGUGACCCUGAAGACCCAACUUUGACUGCGCACACCAAUUUUAAGAACAUCCCCAUAGGCUUCUGGUGGGCGGUGGUUACCAUGACAACCCUGGGCUAUGGGGACAUGUACCCGGAGACCUGUUCCGGCAUGGUAAUUGGAGCCCUGUGUGCACUGGCAGGUAUUCUGACCAUCGCCAUGCCUGUCCCAGUCAUAGUCAAUAACUUCCGCCUGUACUACUCCCUGGCCAUGGCCCAACAAAAGCUCCCAAAGAAGAAGAGGCAACACCUGCCCCUGUCUGGAACGCUUAGCCAGCCAUCCCCAAGUGGGGAGCAGGUAGAAUUACGCCUGUUAUCAGGGGAGCACUCUUGUUCAGAGUGAAUCCCGGCAUUAGUCUGGCUAUGAGACCCUGGAUGUAGAGACUGGAUCCUGAUUGUACCAUUACACCGGAUUGGGACAUUAUAGCUAUGUUAUACCAUCAAUAACAUUAUAACAUUUUACAUUUUAAUAUCUUUAUAGACCAUUGCAUGGGUAAAGGACAAACAAUAUUUGUUUGUGUGCAUUCAAGGUAGUAUGUAUUAUUGGUUUAUUCGGAUCCCCAUUAGCUUUUGCAGAAGCAGCAGCUAUUUUUCCUGGGGUCCACACAAAAACAUAAAACACAACAAGUAACAAAACACUGAUGUACUGGUAGACAAGAACAGUCACACAAAUGUAAAAUGAUACAAUAUACAGUUAGCAUUCCAAACAUCAAGAACACCUUCCUAACAUUGAGUUGCACCCCCUUUUGCCCUCAGAACAGCCUCAAUUCGUCGGGGCGUGGACUUUGUCGGGGAAAGGUGUCGGAAGUGUUCCACAGGGAAGCUGGCCCAUGUUAACUUCAAUGCUUCCCACAGUUGUGUCAAGUUGGCUGGAUGGCCAUUGGGUGGUGGAUCAUUCUUGAUACACACUGGAAACUGUUAAUUCACAGUUGAGAAACUGAGUGUAAAAAAACCAGCAGCGUUGCAGUUCUUGACACAAACCGCUGCCCCUGGCACCUACUACCAUACCCGUUCAAAGGCACUUACAUUUUUUGUUUUGCCCAUUCACCCUCAGAAUGGCACACAUACACAAUCCAUGUCUCAAUUAUCUCAAGGCUUAAAAAUCCUUCUCUAACCUUAUACACUGAUUAAAGUGGAUUUAACAAAUUACAUCAAUAAGUGAUCAUAGCUAUCACCUGUAUUCACCUGGUCAUGGAAAGACCAGGGGUUCUUAAUGUUCUCUACACUCAUUGUACAAACAACAGAACUAAAGAAUAAUGUGUGUAUAGAUUGUUUGUGUUAGAGUGUGAUAGAGUGUGUGGGCAUGUGUUUGUAUGUGUGUCAUUUCACAGUCCCUAUUGUGCCAUGAGAUGUUGUUUUAUCCAUUUGUUUUAUGUAAUUUUGCUGUUUGCUUGAGUAAUUGGAGAUGGACGGGAGUUCCAUGCGUUCAUGGCUCUGUAUAAUACUGUGCAUUUCCGUGAAUUGUUUUGGACAUGGGGACUGUGAAGAGACCCCUGGUGGCAUGUCUUGUGGGGUAUGUAUGGGUGUCUGAGCUGUAUCUUAUCUGAUUAUGCAACUGUUAUACCAGACAUAACCCUCCCCAUCUUCACAACUUUGUCAAAAUGACUUGACCAUGAUAAUUGACCAUUACCUAGGAGUUCAGCUUCCUCAACUUGCUCAAUGGUCACACCCUUUAUGCACAACUCCAUUUGAGGUUUAGGUCUUAGAGAAUGUUUUGAACCAAAUACAAUACUUUUGCUGACAUGUAGAGUUUUUAAUCAUAUUCAAGUUUCACUCAAGUAAUUUACACUGAACAAAAAUAUAAUCACAACACAGUGUUGGUCCCAUGUUUCAUGAACUGAAAUGAAAGAGCCCAGACAUUUUCCAUUAGCACAAAAAGCUUCUUCCUCUCAAAUUUUGUAAACAAAUUUGUUCACAGUUUGUCCGUGUAGUGAGCAUUUCUCCUUUGCCAAGAUAAUCCAUUCACCUGACAGGUGUAGCAUAUCAAGAAACUGAUUAAACAGCAUGAUCAUUACAUGGGUUGGGGACAAUAAUUGGCCACUCUAAAAUGUGCAGUUUUGUCACACAACACAAUGCCACAGAUGUUUUGAGGGAGCGUUAAAUUGGCAUGCUGACUGCUGGAAUGUCCACUGCAGGAAUAACCACGCCAGCCCAGGACCUCAACAUUGGCUUCUUCACCUGCGGGAUCGUCUGAGACAAUAUUCUGUGACUAAAAAAUAUUCUGAUUGGCUGGACCUAGUUGCCAAAUGGGUCGGCCUAUGCCCUCCCAGGCCCACCCAUGGCUUUGCCCCUGCCCAGUCAUGUGAAAUCCAUAGAUUAGGGCCUAAUUUAUUUAUUUCAAGUGACUGAUUCACUGUAGGAGUAAAAUCGUUAAAAUUGUUGCAUGUGUUAAUAUUUUGGUUUAGUAUAGCUAUACUAAUUCAUUUUACAUGAAUUGAGCAUUGAUUAAGACAUGUACUUUUCUAUAUGUGAAACAAUGAGUUGAAACAAUGCUAUUUCUGUAAUUUGAUCAAUACUUGCCUGGUUAAUGCUUAUUCAUGAUUUGUUUAGGUGAGAGUGUGAAAUCACAUUGAUAUUUGAAACAAAAUGGAUAAUUUAUCAGGGGAAAUUGAAACACAGAUGAAAUGCAUUAUCUUUGAUAUAAAAACAUUUAAACUUCUAACAAUAUUAACACUACAAAUUAAAACAUUGCAAUUAUAGUUACUGUAUAUUCUAUAGUUUCUACGUUUCUGUUAAGUAAUUUUCUAAUAAUAUGUCACAGUUGGGUGAGAGCGUAACAUCACCACAAUAUCUGUCUGUAAUAAUCAUCCGCAAUAAAAAUGUCUACUGCCUGUGUUCUUAUGGGUUAAGCCUGUGUUCACAGCUGUGUCCUCUUGUUGAAGGGUUGUACAUUGGCUUCUGAGAAGCCCUUUAGCUGUUCUCUGCCAAAACAUCCAUUAUGAGGGAGGACAGCACCAUUUCCUCUUCCAGAAUAACAACAGCUGUGUACAGAUAUUUGUCAUCUGUUGGCUUCCAAGGGAUUGCUUCACAAAUAUGUACAAAGGGCGUAUUUGCAUUGCAUUGAAAUGUGAAUUAAUUAUGAUCCUUGUGAACCAUGACAAUACUUUCCUCUGUGUACAGUAUAUAUUACUUAAUGAGAGUGAGGACGUGUGAUUGUGUUCUGCUGGGAACAUGGCUAUGUCCCAAUAUGGGAUAUGUUGAGUGCCAAAUGAUUAAGUUUGUGCAAUGCUAGGGGACCUUGUGUUCCAAUUGUAAAGAGAACGGCAGUGUUUCAGGACAUCCAAACUACAAGUAUCUUAUCUACACAUCUAGCUUGUCCUAAAAGUUCAAUACAAAUCACUUGACAGGUUCUUUAUGGUUUAUUGAUAUUUUUGGUGAUAUCCCAAAAAAUAUUGUUACUCUUUUCACGUGAAGUUUCAAUAACGUACAAUCGUCAUGAUGGAAGAGAGAGUUGGUUUUGGUUGGGCCUCUGAUUCAAUGUUCAACUUGUGCUUGGUUGACUGACCAGUUCCUCCACCCAUGCAUUGUACCCUGGCGGGCUGAUGGCCAUCUCAAUGACAGUAGCCAUAAUGAGAACGAUGAGACAACAAGGGGAGACGUACUUCCACUUGUAGAAAUAGAAGGCAUGGGGCCGGAAACCCAACAUGUCCUCCAGGUCCUGCAUAAACCUUACACACACAUACAGGUGGGUUUAAAAUAGGUCCAGACAAAUCCUUCAGUUUACAGUAUUCACAUGUUCCUUGACUCUUUCUCUUCACCCUCUUAUCAAACUUUCCUCUUAAAUCAUAUGAAAACACACAUUGCAAUAUCAGUGAUGACAUGGGGACUGUGAAGAGACCCCUGGUGGCAUGUCUUGUGGGGUAUGUAUGGGUGUCUGAGCUGUAUCUUAUCUGAUUAUGCAACUGUUAUACCAGACAUAACCCUCCCCAUCUUCACAACUUUGUCAAAAUGACUUGACCAUGAUAAUUGACCAUUACCUAGGAGUUCAGCUUCCUCAACUUGCUCAAUGGUCACACCCUUUAUGCACAACUCCAUUUGAGGUUUAGGUCUUAGAGAAUGUUUUGAACCAAAUACAAUACUUUUGCUGACAUGUAGAGUUUUUAAUCAUAUUCAAGUUUCAGUCAAGUAAUUUACACUGAACAAAAAUAUAAUCACAACACAGUGUUGGUCCCAUGUUUCAUGAACUGAAAUGAAAGAGCCCAGACAUUUUCCAUUAGCACAAAAAGCUUCUUCCUCUCAAAUUUUGUAAACAAAUUUGUUCACAGUUUGUCCGUGUAGUGAGCAUUUCUCCUUUGCCAAGAUAAUCCAUUCACCUGACAGGUGUAGCAUAUCAAGAAACUGAUUAAACAGCAUGAUCAUUACAUGGGUUGGGGACAAUAAUUGGCCACUCUAAAAUGUGCAGUUUUGUCACACAACACAAUGCCACAGAUGUUUUGAGGGAGCGUUAAAUUGGCAUGCUGACUGCUGGAAUGUCCACUGCAGGAAUAACCACGCCAGCCCAGGACCUCAACAUUGGCUUCUUCACCUGCGGGAUCGUCUGAGACAAUAUUCUGUGACUAAAAAAUAUUCUGAUUGGCUGGACCUAGUUGCCAAAUGGGUCGGCCUAUGCCCUCCCAGGCCCACCCAUGGCUUUGCCCCUGCCCAGUCAUGUGAAAUCCAUAGAUUAGGGCCUAAUUUAUUUAUUUCAAGUGACUGAUUCACUGUAGGAGUAAAAUCGUUGAAAUUGUUGCAUGUGUUAAUAUUUUGGUUUAGUAUAGCUAUACUAAUUCAUUUUACAUGAAUUGAGCAUUGAUUAAGACAUGUACAUUUCCAUAUGUGAAACAAUGAGUUGAAACAAUGCUAUUUCUGUAAUUUGAUCAAUACUUGCCUGGUUAAUGCUUAUUCAUGAUUUGUUUAGGUGAGAGUGUGAAAUCACAUUGAUAUUUGAAACAAAAUGGAUAAUUUAUCAGGGGAAAUUGAAACACAGAUGAAAUGCAUUAUCUUUGAUAUAAAAACAUUUAAACUUCUAACAAUAUUAACACUACAAAUUAAAACAUUGCAAUUAUAGUUACUGUAUAUUCUAUAGUUUCUACGUUUCUGUUAAGUAAUUUUCUAAUAAUAUGUCACAGUUGGGUGAGAGCGUAACAUCACCACAAUAUCUGUCUGUAAUAAUCAUCCGCAAUAAAAAUGUCUACUGCC